AAGCGUUUUAAGGCGUCUUGGAAAACCAGUGUGGCUGAGGCAGAAGCUGUCCUCCCAGAGCGGCCCAAAAUGGUUUCCUCUAUACCUGACUCCAUAGAUACAACCCUCCAUGAUGGGUUCACAUCAGAGAAUGAGGACAAGGCCCUUCCAAUUCCCCCUUCCUCCAUUCCAUCCGCCUCUAUACCCCCUGCACCAAGUCACUUAACAAACGGAACUGUGUCACCACAAAGUAAACCUUCCUCAACGAAAGGAAGCAUUUCCAAGAAGCCUCAGAGGAAGAAGAAGCAAAGUAAAGCAUCAAAAGCUAAAAAUGAGUUAUUCAACACCAAAACAUUUGGCAGCACUGACAAGCCAGAGGGGGACAUAGAAGAAUGUCCAUAUUCGGACCUAGACUCUAUCCCCAAUAUUUUGUGUCCUAAAACACUUGAGCGUCAAUCCAAGCCCUCUCAGACUCAUCCCUCAGUUCCAGAAGUAAAAGAAGUGAAGAAGCAGCCUGAAGUCCAAACUGGCCUGUGGUUCAGCAAACCAGGAAAAGACAGGCGACUCAACACUACCACCUCCAUAUCUAAACACAGUUCCUUUAGCAAGGGCCUCUGCAAGAAAAAGACUCAAACUGCAGCUGCUGUCAACAGAAAGACUCAAGUGUCCAGUGUGGCAAUCAAAUUAUGCUCUAGUGAUCAGUUGAAGACUCCAGUGUCCAGUGUAAUAGUCAAAGAACGCCCUGCUGAUCAGUCGAAGACUCCAGCGUCCAAUGCAACAGUCCAAGAAAUGACUGGUGAUCAGUUUAAUACUCCAAUCUUAAGUGUGCCCAAGCUCUCUGAUCAGUCGAAGGCCCUGGGCAAGCAGCCUGCGCAUCUGCCCGCUAGCAACCACCUGAUGACCAGAGCACUUAAAGCUAUGGAGGAAGCUGAGCGGAAGGUCUCAUCUUCCACAAACACUACCUCUGAUAAACCAGAGACCAAAACAGACUGUUAUACAGAGGACAAAUCUUCAAUGGUUGACAACGAUAAUCAGAUCACAGCUUUGCCAAAUUGCUCCUCAUCAAAGUUCACCAGGUCGAAGGACUUUGAGGCAGAGGUUAAGACGGAAAAUGAGGGCAUCUUGGUAUCCCAGAUGCCUGUGGACUUCAUACCUCUAACUUCUGGGAAGGCAAAGAAAGAGAACUGUCUGUCUCACAUCUCCUCCUGUUCCUCUCCCUCGCCAUGCUUCUCUCCCAUGGACGCCUUCAAAGACAUCAAAGAGUUAUCCUUCAAGUCCCUGGAAUCAAGUGAUGGUGAUGGAAAACAUGUGUCUUUUAAACCAAACACUAACUACAAGUUCAGUACUAUCCUCAUGCUGCUGAAGGACAUGCAUGAUACCAGGGAGAAAGAUGGUACACCCUUGGAGCUGGAAAUCGGACCACCUAGUGCCCAUGUAAAAGAGGAGCCAUCAGUGAGUCCACCCUUACUGGGAGAGGAGUCACUCGGUCAAGGCCCUAGUCUCAGUAAAAGUCAACAGGGCAAGGGAAAAACAAAGGCCAAACCCAAGCUCAAGUCUUCUCUGAAAGUAGAAACCCCACAACUUGAAGGCAGCACAAACCAGGACUUGAAAAGGCCAGCCAAAAAGAGAGGCUUGUCUGGGACUAAAAAUAAACGUAAUGGAAAAGUGCCUUGUGGUAAGAGGUCUCCUGGACCUGGCUACCUUGAGAUGGAGACCUCACACCACCUUCCGAGCAAUGCUUGGCAGAAGGUUGACCAGGAUUCAGGAACAUUAGGGGGGGUGGGGGAGGGCUGCAGUGGGCUAACGAAUGAGAGACUACAGAACAUGGUGCGUUUGGAGCAGGGUGGUGCAGACCCAUCGGUGUCCUUUCAGACAAAGACAGGGUUGGACCAGCAGACUAUCCCUGCCACCAAUACUGCAAACACUACACCAAGAACUGGGGAACGCCUGGAGGCUCCCACAGCACAUAAACGAAUUAGAAAACCAAGCAAAAGACUCAUAGAAUGGACAGAAGAUUAUGAUCAGAUAUUCUCCACAAGGAAGAAACAGAAAAAGGCCCUCCAGUCUUUGGGAAAGGUGGCACAGUCCAACAGCAACAAACCAUAUCCCGUACCAUCAGGGAAAACCACACAUGACCACGCCCCUCUGAACCCACUUCCUGAACCAUCCAAGACUCUGAAUGGACAAGUCCCUCCCCCAAUAGAGAACACUCCUCCUCAGGAUGCACCUAUCCUGUCCAUAGAUACUCUAACCCUGCCUCCUGAAGCAGACCCUUCGCUGUUGUGCGACAGUCUGACAAAGAAUGUUGGUGACGUUCCUUACUUGGAAACCAUCCGUAAGAGACAGAGGAAACCCACUCUGAAGAUUCUGGAAUACUCGGAGGCUGCCACAAUCCCAAAGAAGAAGGUCAAGUCCCUGAACUCAUCAAGCCAUGCUGUUCAUUCAGGCUCUGGACAACACUCCUUUAAAUCAAAGAUCAAGCAACCAAUGACAUCCACCCCUGCAUCCUCCAUGCCGUUGCCCUGCACGCCUGCACCCUGCCCCCAGACCCCGAAUUGCCUGGCGAGGGGGUCAGACUUCGACCUCACCACGCCCCCCACUAAGGACACUGAUCUCCAUGACGAUGGGCGGGACACCAUAGACCCAGAGAUCAGACAAGAGGGUUUUACAUCCAGUUUCGAUGGCAGCUUUUCAUCCAUGAGGGAGGAGUCUUCACUGUGUGAUGACACACUCUUCCCCAAUAAGAAGAUCAUAGGGGACAGAGGGGGCGCGGCCACAUUGAAGGAGAAUGUGUGUCAGGUAUGUGAGAAGACUGGGGAGCUUCUGCUGUGUGAAGGCCAGUGUUGUGGGGCCUUCCACCUCCAGUGUAUCGGCCUCAUAGAGCCUCCUAAAGGGAAGUUUGUCUGCCAGGAGUGCAAGUCUGGUGUCCACACCUGUUUUGGGUGUAAGAAGCCAGGGGAGGACGUGAGGCGCUGUAUGAUUCCAGUGUGUGGGAAGUUCUACCAUGGAGAGUGUAUCGCCAACCACGCUCCCGUUGCCCCUCUGCACCGGGGCUUCCGCUGCUCCCUCCACGUCUGUCUGUCUUGCUUCAUCACUAACCCUGUCAACCCCUCCGUCCCCAAAGGUCGUCUGAUGCGCUGUGUGCGUUGCCCCGUGGCGUACCAUGCCAAUGAUUACUGCAUGGCAGCGGGCAGUGUGGUCCUGGCCAACAACAGUUUCCUGUGUCCCAACCACUUCACCCCCCGCAAGGGAGUCCGCAACCAUGAACACGUCAACGUCAGCUGGUGCUUUGUCUGCUCUGAAGGGGGCAGUCUGCUGUGCUGUGAGUCGUGUCCUGCUGCCUUCCACCGGGAGUGUCUGAACAUCGACAUGCCCGAGGGCAGCUGGUUCUGUAACGACUGCCAGGCCGGGAAGAAGCCCCACUAUAAGGACAUCCUGUGGGUCAAAGUGGGCCGGUACAGGUGGUGGCCUGCGGAGGUCAACCAUCCCAAGAACAUUCCGGAGAACAUCCUACGUGUGAGGCACGACGUAGGAGAGUUCCCUGUGCACUUCUUUGGCUCCAACGACUACCUGUGGACCUACCAAGCCAGAGUCUUCCCCUACAUGGACGUAGACACCAACAACAAGGAGAAGAUGGGGAAGGGUGUAGACGCCAUCUACAAGAAAGCUUUGGAGGAAGCUGCUAGCAGGUUUCUGGAACUGCAGGCAGAGAAAGAACUGAGACAGCUUCAGGAGGACAGGAGAAAUGACAAGAAACCCCCUCCAUACAGACACAUCAAGGUGAAUCGGCCAAUCGGGAAGGUGCAGUUCAUCACGGCCGACCUAUCAGAGAUCCCGUGCUGUAACUGCAAGGCAUCGGACGAGAACCCGUGUGGCAUUGACUCUGAGUGUAUUAACCGCAUGCUGAUGUACGAGUGCCACCCCCAGGUGUGCCCGGCGGGCGAGGGCUGCCAGAACCAGGCCUUCAGCAAGCGCCAGUAUAGCCAGGUGGAGAUCUUCAGGACACUGGCACGAGGCUGGGGCCUCCGCUGUGCCCAUGACAUCAAGAAGGGGGAGUUUGUGAAUGAGUACGUAGGAGAGGUGAUCGAUGAGGAGGAGUGUCGGGUCAGGAUCAAACAUGCCCAGGAUAACGACAUCUGUAACUUCUAUAUGCUGACUCUGGACAAGGAUCGGAUCAUUGAUGCCGGGCCGAAGGGGAACCAGGCCCGCUUCAUGAACCACAGCUGCAGGCCCAACUGUGAGACCCAGAAGUGGACGGUGAAUGGAGAUACACGUGUGGGGCUCUUCACUCUCAUAGAUGUCCCUGCAGGCACAGAGCUGACGUUCAACUACAACCUGGAGUGUCUGGGGAAUGGGAAGACUGUGUGUAAAUGUGAAGCCCCAAACUGCAGCGGCUUCCUAGGAGUCCGGCCAAAGAACAACCCUCCAGCAGACGACAAGGUCCGCAAGCUGAAGAAGAAGGUCCUGGCAAAACGGAAGAACAAAAUGGAGGUGACCAAGGAGAGGGAGGACGAGUGCUUUAGUUGUGGGGACGGGGGACAGAUUGUGUCCUGUAAGAGACCAGGCUGUCCCAAGGUCUACCACGCAGACUGUCUCAACCUCACCAAGAGGCCUGCAGGUCGGUGGGAGUGCCCGUGGCACCAGUGUGACCUGUGUGGUAAGGAGGCAGCCUCCUUUUGUGAGAUGUGUCCCAGCUCUUACUGCACACUGCACUGUGACGGCAUGCUCUUCAUCUCCAAGCUGGACGGACGGCUGUCCUGCAGCGAACACGACCCCUGUGGACCAGACCCCCUGGAGCCAGGGGAGAUCAGGGAGCACCUACCUGACAUCUGUGCUCUCUCACCGGGCCUGGGGGCUGGCGUAGUAAUCCCUGGUGAUGCUGUGGCUGGUGCUGCUGCUACAGUCACUACCACAGGGACAGGGGACCCCCAGCCUAGCCCUGGCCCUGAGUCUUUCCCCCCUCUCCCCAUCUCUGGCCCCUUCUCUGGCCCCUUCUCUGGCCCCUUCUCUAGCCCCAUCUCUGGCCCCAUCAGCACCCCUCUACCCAGCUCUGAGGCCGCCGAUAGCUCUCACCUAUUCCUUCCCCAAUACUCACCCAUCUCUUCCUAUGAAGAUGAGAAAGAAGAAAUGGAGGAUCCUUUGGGUGAUGAAGAGGGGGAUAGAGAGGGGAUGGAGGGAGAGUUGGAGGAUGGAGAGAUGGAGGGCCUUGAGUUGAAAGAUGAAGAGGAGGAGGAAGAAGUAGAAGAAGAGGAGGAGGAGCAGCAUGAAGAAGAAGAAGAGGAAUAAAGACAUCAUUUUUCAACAACUCUCUGCAUGGUGGCUUAUCAUUCCACACAGUCCAUACAGGGGGAGAAAACACGGACAAUGAUCAGCCAAACCACAGAAUAGCCCUGUCAAUCACUGUUCUUAUUGUCCAGUGAGCAUGUGAUUGUCCUGAAGGCCUACCAUAGGGGGAGAAGGGCUACCUGCUUGUUCUUGAGGGUGGGCCUGAGCUCAGCAUCAUGUAGAUUCACUCAUCUUUCUAUAUAAGGAUCUGUUCAUGUCCAGAGGAUUUAUAGAUCUGUGAAUUUGCACACCGCCUUGUUCAGUCAGACUCCCGAGAAAUAGCAGGAUGUUACAAUGGGGUCUGGAGCUGGUGUGUCGAAACGGAGUAGGAUGGAGUUGCCCCUGGACACUGAUUUAUGGUUAAGUCUAGCGUUUUCCCCCCAAUAGUCAAGGUUACGGUUUGGGAUGGGUACACUGAUCCUGGAUCUGUGCCUAAGGGCACAAUGGAGUAUGAUGGGAACUGUAUUCAUAUAGCUAGGCCCAUUUGGAUCUCUUCAUGGUUCAUUGUCAAAGCUGCUGGUUUGUGGUUUUUGUUUUAGAACAUGUUUACACUUCUGCACCUCCUCUUGGAGGACACAGCAACUAACUUAUCUGAAGGUUCAUCUUUUUCAAAGGGGAGACUGAAGAGAAGCGGGACAGUGCUGUCAAAGGCACGGAUAUCCCCUCAUGAGCAAGUAGCCUAUAGUGUGUUAGAUGAGCCUGUCAAACUGUUUCUCUCUGUAGCAACUCUCCUACAUGGCACAAAUGAGUAAUGCUGUGAAAUGAGUACGUCAGCCAUGGAAAUUGUUAGUCACACUAUCAACCAGUCAUUUCAUUAUUGUCAUUGGUGUGCAGUGCAGUCUAUCCAUACCGGUUUGAUGAUGAUGAUUAAUCUACUGUCUCUGCUGCCCUCUGCCUUACCACAAUAAAUGAUACAGACACGUAGACAAUACACAUACAAUCAAAUGGCUUAGUUAGUACAUCUGGGUAGUACAUCAAGGAGAUGACUUGAUAUUGAACAUGCCCAUAUCCUAAUCCAUGACAGCACUUUGCGUUCUCCCCUAACCCUGGCAUUGUAUCGCCAUUAGCUCUUCUGUACUGAUAUCUGUUUGAGUGCAGUUGGCUGUACUGUAGGUAUUUGAACAAAAGCUUCCUCACAUGGUGGAGCUUUGCCUAGAAACUGAACCUUCAAUGUGAAAGUGCCAGUGUACUCAGCUGUUGAGUAAGCUGCUUGAUGUAACCUUAUCACUAAGAUAGCUAGCUCUUGUGUGUGAAUUAUAUUCUCUAUGACGUAUUUAUGUUGACUUUUAUAACGCACAAAUUAAGAUGGGACUGACUUAUAGUAGUGGCAUUGCUGUGUCUCUUUAUAUCAUUCAUACUUUCCAUUUGAAAGGCUUUAGUCUAGCACUACAAAGGACAGAUCUGGUCUGUUCCCCUGCUAAAAUGCUUGCACUACAGUAUGUAUGUCUCUGCUGUAUGUUUUGUCCCUCUUUAAACUUGUCUCUGUCUCGCUGUCUUUGUUGUGUCAGUUUUUAAUCUCUGCUUAUGCCUUUUCAAUUGAGUCAAUCAGUGUUGGGGUUUCUGUGAAAGAAGGGAGGUAAAGUUGAUUGGCCAGAGAACAGAAUUAAGUGGAUUUGCCAUUUCCCAGUUAUGGGAAUGUUGUGUUUCCAUUUCUGAAGCUUGUAUCAUGCCUUUACCAUAAAUCUGCACAAUAAGCAAUAUUUGUAGUGCUUAAUAUCGCCCAAUUGUGUCACUUUAGUCAUGUCAAAGUAUCUCUAGCAGCCUUUAUGUAUUAAAACUUAACUGGCUUAGUUUUAAUUCAUCAUGCAUGAGAUGAGGCCCAUGAAAAGAUAUGUGCAAUUUCUUACAUUUGAAUAGAAAGCCAACCUGUUAUUUAAUGAUUAAAAAAAUGGAUGAAACGGACCUGUCCCUUCUUGUCCAUAUACUGUACUGUGAAAGUUGCCAUGGGGCCCCCUGCUGUUGCUCCAAUAUACAGAUACAGACACCAUCGUCAUGGCCACCAAUAGUAAAUAUUUAUCUAACUUGAACAUCUUCACCCAGGAGUUAUACAGUAACUCAUAAUUGUAUAUUAAUAGCACUAAAACGUCUACGAAUUUUAACAACACAGAUAGAAGAUCUUAACUGAUUAAUACAUCUGUUGGAAUAAUAUUUGUGCCUGUCCUUCCAAAAUCGUAUGUAAUAUGUAUAUACAUAACAUUUGUAUAUAAAAGCUAUAUAUGAUGAAUGGAAAAAAACUAGAAUUUCAAAAAUAAGUCUAGAGCCAGAGGAUAUGCGUUCUCUGGUCUCAGCUCGGUCAUCAACCUGUCCAACAAACAGGAUCACUUCAACUUUAAUACACAAAAUUGUGUGUUGUAUACGGUUGAGUUGCUGUCAACAGAUGUGGUGAAUAACACUUUAUAUUGAUGUAACAAUAUCACAGUCAUCAACCAGAUAAUAGUAGGCUAUGAUAGCACACAGUAUGAGGAGGUCGAGGGUCAUUUCUGGUCACAUGACGAGUAGGGAGUCGGGAGAUGAAACUCCCAACUAUCACUACAGUACUUUGGAACUUGUGAUACGAUAAUGAGCUGUAUAUCUUUUUGCUUUAAUAUUUUCUGUUUCUACAUUGUCAGUUACCCCUCCGUCCUCUUUGAAGGGUUCUCUGAUAUGUCACAAAGGAAGAGUUGGGAGGCUGUAUCACUGUUUUUAUACAUACAUUCCUACACAUGUAACAAAGCUUCUUUUUUUUGUUGCUGUCAUGCUUCUUAGCUUUGACUCCUUUCCCUCUCUGCCUUAUUCAGCCUUGUGUAAUUCAUCUGUUCAAAAUGUAACUGUUGAGAGUUCAGGAAUAUCCUUCUGCCUUGUGAGGAGAUUGAAAGGUGUAUUUCUUUGUACAUAAUAAAGAAAAAGCUAAGUUGCAAAUACAUGAUCUGAAUGUUUUUCUUCAACUGUUUUGGGCAUUUUGAUUUGGGACAGAGGUUGUAUUGCUAUUUUUCCGACUGAAUAUUUAAGUUAAAAGCCAUCUUACUGUAAUAACAGUUAACAGACGAUUGCAUUGGGCUGGGGUAGAUAAUAAUCCACUUUAGAGGUGCUUAUGUUAUAGCAACUGGCAUUAACAGUUGCUCAGUGUACUGUUAGCCUUGUUAAUAAAACUGACCGCUGUGCUCACCACUGUUUCACUUCACAUUUAUGAUAUAGUGAAGUGAAACAGUAUUGAGUGCAGCGGUCAGUCUGGUUGACCAGGCUAAUGUACUGCAGGUGUCACACAGACACACUAACAAAGAGACUUGCAGAAAUCAAAUCUUUAUUUUUCCAAUUUACAACAUGCUAGAAAACAUGGUCACUGGAGUCCACACAAUGAAUGAUCAUAUCAGCGGACUCUGUGGACCUGUAGUGUUGGAAAUAUAUGCAUGUUAUCUACAAGGCCUCAGACAGAUGUGGGACUGCAAACAACCUCUGGCUUAGUGCUUGUACCCCUUGCACCUUCUAAUAACGGAGUCCUGUAAAACAUUCAUAAAAUGAACUAUGUGAACUAUCCCUCUUUCUCAGGCACCAGGUCUGCGUCCUUGGGGAGUGACAACAUAGAAGAUGCCGCGUGUGUAAACAAUAAUGGAGCCUGCUAUACACCGCUAAUGAUGGAUUUGUGAUUCAUUACUCAAGGGAAAACCAGCCUGUGGGCCCAUUGCUGCUGCUUACUACUAGUCUCAUACAGGCACAACUUCAGUGGGACUGACAAAAAACCUCAGUGAGGUCAAGUAAAAUCAAGUAAAAAUCAGCCAUUAGCCAGACUCUCUCGAAAGGUCAAAGGUGUCGCAAAGUGUAAACAUUAACAAUACAUUCACAGGAGCUUAAACUUCCAAUUGUGUGUGAAGUAAUGACAAUGGUCAGCCACAGUGUGAUGAAGUGUCCGUAAAACAUUAAAUUAGUGACUUGCUGGAUAUUACAUUGUACAUUAGCUACACAUAGCUGUCUGUAUAUAGGGUUUCUUACUGCAACAGCAUUAUCUGGUACUUUUAGCCAUGGCGACAUAACUGUCUUUUUACAACAUUUACCCAUAAACUGUUUCCUGUGUUGGUGCAAUCUUUGUAGUUGCAUUCCAUACUUUCAACUGUAUCAGAGCUUAUGACCCAAAGAAAA